AUGUCGUCUGUUUCAUUUUAUCUCCUAGGCGAGGACCCAUCCACCGCUCGUGUCAUUGAGGUCCCAGACAAAACCGACCAUGAGAGUUUACAAUACCUGAUUGCCUCUCAUUUCGCGGUUGUCCAUCCCAAGGGUAUUGCCUUUAACAAUGAAGACUCUGUUCUUGAGUCCGUUCCAGAUAUUCUUGCACACGAAGGUCCUAUCGCCAUCACUAUCGAUGGCAGAGGCGUGCGCCCMGUUCCUGGGCCCCAGGGKCUUCCCUACGUAGGAAACUACUUCGAGAUUUUCCCUGAUCAUGUCGGAAACCAUCAGCGCUUGUACCAGCAGUAUGGUCCUCUUUUCAAGACCACCAACAUGGGUUGUGUAACCUAUCAUACCAACGACGCGGUCCUGAGUGCAAUCGUCUUUGAUGAGAGCGAUUUCUUCUCCAAAAAUAUCAUCGAAGGCCACCCCAUGCGUCCGCUCAAGAACCCAGAUGCCGGUAUCUUUGUGUCUGACACAAAUACUGAAGCAUGGCGCAUGUCUCACAAGUUCAUUUCCCCUGCCCUUGGCCCUAAGGCUGUACGACACUACGCCCCUGUUAUGCAAAAGGUGGUCGAAGAAUCUUUCCCCGUCUUUGAUGAACUUGGUGACCGCGAUGAGGCUUGGAAUGCUUGGCCUUAUAUGCUUAAGAUGUCUUCAUCGAUUAUUGGAAAGUUGGUUUUGGGUAUGGAUUUCAAACACUUCGAGGCUGUUGACACACCAAUGCACGAAGUUCCCCGUCUCAUUGCGCACUUGCUGGAGUUGAACAAGAAGAUCUCAACCAAAGGUGAUUGGUACAACAAGCUUCCUUUCGGUGAUCCUGCUCGUCUCCGUGCGUCGAAGAAGCGUCUCGAUUUCCUUUUCGAACAGGCCAUCGUGGCGGCGGCGUCUGGUGGUGUUGAAGACCUAGAGCUUCAAGAGGCUGCCUUGAAGGCUGAGAAUAUUGUUGACUACUUGCAACGUGCCACAGAUAACAAAGGAAACAAGAUGCCUAGAGAUCGUCUCGUAGAUCCCUUGAUUGUCACAAUUGCUGCUGGUUUCACUACCACAACCACCAUCUUGGCAUGGCUCCUAUACGGAUUAGUCGAAUACCCUGGCAUGCAAGAUCGCCUUUUGCAAGAGUUGAUCGACUUUGGCUUCACAGAGGACACCGUCUGCACGGUGGAUCUCAUCAAUAAGAUGCCCUUCCUCGAUGCCUACGUCAAGGAAACCCUUCGCCGACACAGUCCCUCAUUUCAGCCUGCACGAACAUCCAAGGUUGACUGUAUCUUGCCCGGCGCCUACAAACUCCCCAAGGACUCCGUCGUGAUUUCCGAGACUUGGCACAUCCACAACAACCCCAAGGCCUGGGACAACCCAACUCGCUUCGACCCUGACCGCUGGCUCGGUGACCAGGCCAACAUCCCCAAGGGCGCUUUCGUUCCCUUCGCUACCGGUCAGCGUAUGUGCAUUGGUAACAGUUAUGUGUUGCAGGCCGUCAAGAUCUUUCUCCCCAAGUUGGUAUACCGCUACGAGUUCAGCCAAGCUAGUACCGAGGCUGUUGAGUACGAGCCUUACUUCCAGCUCAUCCGUCCUACGAAUUUGUAUGUCCGUGCUGAGAAGAGGGUUAAGUGGCCUCCCAAGACCGAGGCUUAA